UAGGUUGGAGUGUAUAAAAGGGACCGCACAUUUGGGGAAAUCAACUUGGAUCGACAAGCAGUUGCCAAGCCGUUUCGUUGUGAAGAAUUCUCCCAGAGAGCCUCAUCAUGAUUACCAAGGUUGCAAUCCUGACUCUUGUUGCAAUAAGCAUCAAUGGCUGUUUUGGUAUUCCCGUGAUCCAAAAUUGCACCCUUGUGGACCUUGAGGAUGAUGUGGAAGCUCUGACGUGCGGUUCCGAGACGACAACGAGGUUCAAGAACGGAACGCUCAUCGAUAUACAGUAUUUCGCGAACGAGACCCUUUCGGUUCUCCAAAUUGGAAACGAGACGUCGGCAUGCUAUCUUCAACGUUCGGAGCCCUUACCAGAUGGAAUUGACUUUGCGCAAGUGUCGGAAACCGAUGCCAGCGUAGAAGCCAGCGCUGAGACAUCUGCUGCCAUCGUCGCUCUGGUCCCACAGUGUGAAGGACGUGUUAUCUAUGAGCUGGUGCCUGAAACAGGUGCAACCACCCCAGGUCGAAAGAAGAGAUGGUGUCGGUAUGUUUACCGUUGCUAUUACUACAGAAUCUAUUAUGGAUGGUAUGGAUACAGAUGGUACAGAUAUUGCAAAUUUCUGUAUGUCUGUUAAUUGAUCAAAUUAACGACUGACCUGGCCAAAUCCAAAGUCUUUGCACUAAAAUAUUUCCAGCUUGUAUAGAGUAUUUUAAUGGUUGCUUCUUAGCAGGGCCAAAAUUGAAUAGUUAGCAAGUUUAUUAAUUGUGAAAACUGACUGGAAACAAAAAUGAAGUGCACUUUACAUGAAAAUGAGUUGCGUUUCCGUUUGUCGAUAUUGUUUUUGUUUAUGGUCCAAUUAGUGCUCAUUGUAAUGACCAAACAAUGAUUUUCUUCUCUUUUCAUUUAAUUUUAUCUUUAUUAAGUCUUCAAGUUCAUCAGUAUGUUAAUUUUUCCAGUAAAGUAAUUUUUUACAUUUUUUCUAAGAAUAAGCUCUUAUUUAUAUAAGUAUAUGUAUUUAUUUUGCAUCUUAAGAUAGUACAUUUUUUCCUAAUUUAUGCUUGAAUAGGUUAGUUCAUUUGCUCCUUAAAAUUAUAAGUUAAAAGGAGAUAAUUUCCUAUCAUUUCAUUAAUUUUAAGCAUGCUGUUAUUAAGUGAGGCAAUUCAGGGUGGAUUGUAUGUUAAGCCAUUGCUCUUAGUUCUGGGAACCCUGGUUAUUUCUCAUAUCACAUAGCACAUGGCAGGAUGCACAUGGCAGAAUGCUCAAGGCAGUUUGUCUGCAAUGUUAAAAAAGUUGCUCAAUUUGAAGUCGGUUGUCUUUAUGGAAUACAGUAAUGGUGAGCUAUGUCUACUUAUUUUGUGAGUAAUUAUUUAUAUUUUAUGUAUAAUAAUUUGCUAGGGUAUUUUAGGUAUGUAUAGUAAACUGUUUCUCUGUUUGCAUUUCCUGAUCAGCUUUCUGUAUCUGGCAAGUUAUUACCUUUGUUUCAUGUGUAAUGUUGUAAGGCUAAUUCAAAGGAAUUUAUUUUAAAAGGUUUGUCACAUCUUUUAAGCAACUUUGGAUAUUAAGCUGAAGUAAGUUUUAAUGCUACAAGUAUUAGGUAAGCUCAAGUAAGUGUAUAUUGUCAAGCUAUUUGUCAUAAAUAUUAUGUUUGCCAUUUUACUGUUUUGUCAGCCACUUUUGUAAGACAGUUUUAUUUGUAUUGUAUUGCAGUUAAUCUGCUAGUUCUGACUAUGAAGAGAAGUAAUAAAAGUCAACAUAAGUUGAA